UUAUUGCUAUUACUCUUUCCUUUGCAGAAACAGCCAACCAAUAUUGUUUUCUAGGCUGUGUAAACAACACCGAUAUACAUAAAUGAAAUACAUAACACAUGCCAUCCUUGAGCAUAUUCAUCACGACAGCAACGCAGAAUCGUUCAUUCUCCGUUCAUACGGUCAUAACAGCCGGACAAAGGGUUGAAUGUGUGCGAUAUUUUUAGAGCGCAGUCACACAGAGGCGGAGCACGGAUGCUUCACGGCCAAGGAUGCGAGUGUCAAACAGCAGGUGGAGACUGACUGCUGAAGGACAGAACCAGACGAGAGUCGUCCACAGAAUCUAAAACACAUUUGAUGAGGAAGAGGGGAAAUAUCAGUAACCUGAUCCGCCCUGAAUGAGUGGGCCCUGAUAGCGUGAACCAUGGUGGACCCUUUGGAACCUGAUGACCAGAGUAAAUUCAGAGGGGCCCAGUUUGAAAGCCCUGCUGCAGCCUCUGAAGCACCAUGCCUACCUGAGCCAGGUGAUGAUAGAGAGAAAGAUGUUAGUGUGGAUUCCGGCCCACAGACAGAGCCUAGUACUGAACCUGUACUGAGCCCUCAAGAACCAUGCCAGCAGCAAAACAGUCAAACAGAAGAGUUAAAACUACAUCUGGACCUUUACAAUUUUGAAUCACCAGCUGCAGAAGGCAGUCGUUAUGUACUGACAAGCCCUCGCUCUCUCGAGGCAUGCGCACGAUGUGGAGUGAAACCUGUGGAGCUUCUGUCUCGUCCACUGUCUGAUUUUGCCCGUGAGGCACCCGGCCGGAGUAUGCGUGUCGCCACAGGAAUGUUUGAGAUAUAUGAGCGGGAUAGACAUGCUAAACUCCGACACUGCAGAGAGGAGAGAGAGCGGAUUAUCAGAGAGGAGAAGAGGCGAAUUUUGCAGGCAACUCUGAACAAUAAUGAUGGUCCUCUGGCUUCUGAGAAGUCAGAGGAAACUGUAAAUGCUGGAUUGUCUCAACAAACCAAUCACAAUUUAACAAAUCCAGCCCUCAAAAUAACACCUACUUGCAGUGGUGCACCCAAAAAACAAUCUACAUCAACUGCCCCUAAAAGCACGACAGCAGGGUCUGGACAGGUUACUACAGUGUCCACAUCCAGCUCUCCUCCCAUCUCAAAAGCCAGUCCAGUGAACUCUGCUCCUACUGCUAAAGGAGCUUCUGCAAAAAAGUCUAAGUCCCUUGAAGUAGAAUCUGCAGGAAAACUUCAAGGUCCAAAACCUUCAAUAAUCCAACGAUCGAUUCAGUCAGCUUCAGGAAGUCAGGGCUCAAAAAAACCUUCCAGUGCUCAUACAAAGGCUCCAAACACUUUCCCCAGAUCAAUAUCAAAACCUUCUUCGUUUCCAAGGACACCAACCUCACUUGCCCCGAUAGUAUCAAAAUCUGCUGUCCAAAGCCCUGCCAACGGCAUUACAAGUACAUUUGCACAGCAUAACGGGCAUGUCAUCUCCAAAUCAAAGGCUAGAUGCAGAAGCCACUCACUGGAGUCUUUGCAACGCAGACGUGACACGUAUUGUUCCUCUGCUGCUUCAACAACGAACACCACAACUACCACAUGUACCUCCUCUGAAUCUGCUUCCUCAUCCUAUAGCUGGGAUGGGGCAAGAGAUCACUGGGCUAAGACAUCAAGCCCUCGUGCCCGCACUUUAGCUACCUUUAACUCCCUGAUGGGUCGCAGUUUGAGCUUGGGAGACCUUAGCCAUUCUCCACAGACUAUGCAAAAAGUGGAGCGCAUUGUGAAAGAGGUGAAACGACGAGGACUUAAAGCUGUUCCAGAGCGUGACCGAAAGAUUGCUGCACUAAUGCUAGCCAGGUACCAAGAGGAGGACAUAAUGAGCCAGACACGCUACGUAGCACACCUGCAAUGGGACAGUGAGCGGCGAAUAGAGGAGCUGCGACGGGAACGUGAAGAGCGGGAGAAACAGAGGGCCGUGCAGCAGUGCCAACGUGCAUGGCAGUCACAAGUUUCAACCCGGCAGCGCUGGCUUAACCAACAGGAGCGUGAGGUUGCAGAAGCAAAACUUCGCCAAGCAUUGGAAAAUGAGGAGCGUUGGAAGGAAUUGGCUGAACAACAAGAACGUAGCCGGUUGCAGAAACUGCAACAGGCCGCUCGUGAGGAGAAACACAAGAAGGCGUUACAAGAGCAGAACCUUAAAGCUCUGGAAGAGGAGCGAGCUGCCGUCCUUGAGCAAGAGAAACUGCUCCUAAAGGAGAAACUGACCAUCGCCGAGCUGAAGCGUCAGGAGCGAGAGCACCAAAUUCAAGAGGAGCGUCGUGGACUCAACCGUGCCGAGAAGAGGCGCCAUGCAGCUCUUAUCCAAGAGAUUGCACGUCGUGAAGUGGACGAGCGUGAAGAAGCACGGAGAAUAGCUGAAGAGAAGCUAAGUAGGUCUUUGGAGAACUAUGAGCAGAUACAAGAAAAGCGUGGGCAAGAGUUGAAGGAGAAAGCUAAGCGAGAAGUGAAGCAGAUCCAGAAAGCAAGACGCGCCGCUGAGCUACGUGAGCAACAGCAGAAGGAACAAAUGGAGGCAAAGGCUAGGGAAGCCGAAAGACGAGCACAACAAGCCGCUCAAGUAGCUGAAGAGCGGGCACGGGAGAAGGCCCAACGUGCGGUGCAAAGCAGGCAGGAAAAAGAACGACUCCAAAGGCUUAACCGUCAACGCGUAGAAGAGGAGGAGAAACAGCGCCGCCUAGAAUUGUUGCAGUCCAUUGAGCGCAAACUGGAAAAAAGUGAACAGAUUUUCAGAGAAAAACGUGCUGUGUUGGAAAGUGCUCGAUCCGUGGCCCGUGCAUCUUUCCACGUGCGGGAUCGUGUUCGUGAAGAGACAAACAUGCGCACCUUUGACAAGAUGGCCCUGGAGGCUCAGUUAAAUGCAAAUUUAGUUGAGAAGUGAGCACUUCAAGUGUGCAACCUAAUUGCUCUUUCCAUGCACAUCUGUCUAGAAAUAAGCUGUGCUUGAGCCUACAUGCUAGCCUCAUCACCAAACUACAGCAACAAUAUUGAUGGUCAUGCCCUCAAGUGUUGUAUAUCUAAAGAUUCAUUUAUUCCUGAUGCUGGAUCAUUUUCAUCAUGUCUUCUAAAUAAAUAUUUUUCUGUAUUUAUAUCUUUUAAAUGUUAAUCUAAGAACUUUGUGCUUAUGUGUGGAUGAUCAUAUGUCGGGGCAUGAUUGUUUUUUUGUAACUUGGCAGCCGUGUUGCUUUGAGAACUGUAUAUAAAGAGUUCAUUGUUUACAAGGAAGUUUGGCACUAUGACAACAGUGAUGGCUUCUUUCUAAGGGUGGCUUUAUUUCUUAAAAGAAGAAAAAGAAAAUGGGAUGGGAUGUUCCUCCCAGAGUAAAUCUUUUGAGGGAAUCUAGGCCGUAAGAGAGUGAGCCAUGACUUGACUGUGUGUAAACUAAACUCUAGCUAAAUGCUGACCCAGCAUUACAUCCUAGAGUCAGGACAUGACAAAGAAUGAUCUCAGCACAGUGUAACUGCUGAUGAAGCACAGGAGUGUUUGGUCAGCAACAGACCCAUCAGGGCUCAAAUCCAUACUGACAUCCCCUGCAUUCCUUCAGGUGUGCUAAUUUAUUUUCUAUUCUUUUUUUUUCCCCUCACAAGCUUCAUUUUUGGUAUUCUACUUCUCAUAGGCAUGUUAAGAAUGGAAUACUAGCUUAUUAUUUACUGUGCAGUAUACACUGUAUACUAUCUACUAUUUUUAAAAUAGUAAGUGAAACAGUAGGCAUCAUGUGCGGUGUAAUGUACAAUCAUCCAGUCAUUAAUGCAAACACUAAAUAUCAGCGCUCAUUAUUCAGAAAUAUUUUUUUCUGAGGGCUACAUUAUUGUAACAUGAAAUUACAAUUAUGUACGAUAAAUAAGAUUAAUUAGCAUUUUUUAAUUCAGUUUUUGGUUAAAAUGUCGACUUUUGGCAGUCCAAUAAAAUAACGACUCAAAUGGAGAAAGUGGAGUGCAUUGCAUUGUGGGAUACGGUGUGCCAAGUAUCCUUUUUUUUGUAGACUGCACAUUUUGUUAGCAGGACAUGCAUACUAAGCACAGGACACAUAGCUAUACUACAGAAAUAGUUUUGAACAUUGCCUGGACAUUAAUGUUUAAUGCAUGUCCAUUAUAUCAUCACAUUAAAAUAAUGCUUGUGUGAUGAUAAUGAAAGAACACUGAAGCCAAUACGAAUGUUCAUAUUACAUAACACUUUGGUAUUUACGUUUUAAUUUGAGUAGGCAUAGGAAUAUAACAUAUAAGACACAGGAUUCUAUUCAUAAAACACCCAUUAUACUAAAAAUGCCAUGUCAUCCUGGUACAUAUCUAGAGGACAGGAUUGGAGGAGAGCUCACAUCGAUAUCUGUGAGAAAAACACUGCAGUAGACAUUUCAAUUCCUAUGAGAGCUUAACCCACACUGAUGCUUGUCACGGCAGCCAUCUGUCACAGGCUUUUUUGUACUGUACAGCAAUCAAACAACCUGGACAAAAACUGUUUUUUGGGCUAGCACAUUUUUCAGUGCCUCUGCGUACGGGCUCUUUAGAUAAUUAUUGCAUGAUAGCUACACAACACAUUUAUAUAUUCUGUCAAAAUCAUGCCAAAUUUGUUACGCAAGCAAGUCUGAUACUGCAGCUUAAUCAUUUAUAUAACAGAGUGAAAUGCAAAGUUUCUCUGCAAUAAUUGACUGUUAUCUGGUUUGUCUCUUCUGACGCAGGUUUGGGAGUGGAGAAGAUGAUGAUGUUGACAUCUGUGGCCUGAUUCAGUAAAAAAAUAACCCCCGAGAGACUGGAAAUUUCACUUUGAUCACGGGUCCUUAUUCCCUUUCUGGCAGUGACUCAGCUUGGCAUGACGUAAUUGGAAGGUUUAAUAAACACUGAAGCCAUUUUAAUUCCUGCAUAUCCAGAUGGCACAUCAACACCACUUUUAAUAUCAUAAAAAGCCCAAAGAAACAAUUUCAUUUUUAUACAUUAUUGUAUCGUGAGUUAAAUUUAGGGGCUUUUUAAAUGGAAGCAGAAUCGUGUUGAAUAAUAAUCAAGCUAAUAAUCAUGAAGAUGGACAAAAAGGAUUUUGAAUGUAAUUCAUAACAAAGCUUUUUAGGGCUAGUGACAAAGCAAGUGUUAAUUACAUAUUAAUAAAAAACAGAUUGUUUCAUUAAAAUGGCCAUUUCUGCAUAUCAAUUUUGCUGCUGUGACAUGAACAUGAUUGUAGCGUUUUAUGUGUAAAAGAGUAUCUCAUCAAAUUAUAUUUUCGUCUCAGCACCAUUUUUUCUUUUCUUUUUCGUUAAUUGUAUUGGAAAUAUGUUUUCUGGCUGCAGAUGCUUUAUUACUAGUUUAAUAAAAAGUGACAUGCAGGGUGAGAACCAACAGUUCAGUUUUGAAAAUAGCAUACUGUAUUAAAAAAGAAAUAAAUAAAUACAAAAAGAAAAUCUGAAUUAUUUAGUUGUUUUAUGCUUCUGGACAUAACAAUGUUAUAUAUAUAUAUUUAAAGAAUUUGGAAGGGUUAAUAAACUUUAUUGUAAAGCUGUAACCACAUAUUUUGUCAAAAUUAAGUUCUAGCUGAAAUCCUGUGAUCUCUGUCCUGUGAUAGACAGGUUUGGCUCAACUCUGUCAUAACAUGCAACAGUCGAGUUCUGAUGUAAUUAAUUUCUCCAUUUGAAAACUGAUUUUUAAGGAUAACUUAUAAGCCUUUUAAAGAUGUAACGGAGUCAGUCUCAAACUACAUAAACAUUUGUAUAUAUGUAUAUUUUGCAAUAAACAUAAAAUAUAUUGUUUAUAUAUUAAAUCCAUCAUUCUUUAAAUCUUUAAUUCCAUCACUGUUAAUUUGAUUAUGCAAUUUCCAAUUCUUCAUGGGAUUGUAGUUCUUUCCCUCAUUAAAGCUGU